AUGUCGGAGCCACUGGUCAAGUUCGGACUCAUGUCCGACGUUCAGUAUGCGGACAAGGACGACAAAGGGGUGGGGGAGGGAGGGCGCGUGCAGUACUUUCGCUCCGCGCUGCCCAAGCUCCGUGACGCUGUUUCAUUCUUCAACCAGCGCAAGAGCGAGCUCAAGUUUGUCGCCCACCUCGGCGACAUCAUCGACGGACACUACAUUUAUCCGCCAGGGACGCCUCUCGUGGCGGAAUCACGGAAGGACCUAGAGAGCACAGCGUCCGUUAUGGACACUUUGGAGGUCGAGCGCGUGCUGGUGAUUGGCAACCACUGUCUGCAGGUCCCGCGGAAGGAGAUGAUGCAGCGCCUGGGCAUCGAGAAGACCUACUUCGCCACGUCGCUCGCCCCCGGGUGGCGGCUGCUCGUGCUGGACACGACCGAGGUGAACGUGGCGCCGAUGGAGGUGGAGCGGGAGCCCAGCGCGCUCGACGCGGAGGCCCGCGCCUGGUGGGACGACGAGGCGAACAAGGACAAGGAGUGGCGGCAGAUCUGGAACAGCACCGUGGGCAGCGAACAGCGCGAGUGGAUCGCCGGCGAGCUGCAGGCGGCGGAGCGCGCCGGCGAGCGCGUGAUCGUGUUCGGCCAUCAUCCAGUGGGCUGGGGCGCGGCGAGCCUGCUGCACUUCGCGUGGGACCGGGAGCGCCUGGAGGAGUUGUUCCUGUCCAGCAAAGCGUUCGUGGCGUACUUCAACGGCCACGACCACGCGGGGGGGUACGCCGAGCGCGACGGGCGGCACUUCGUGACGCUUGAAGCAAUCCUUGAGGCGCCGGAAGGCAGCAACGCGUACGGGGUCGUGUCCGUGCACGAGGACAAGAUUGUUGUCGAGGGCCACGGCGAACUGUCCUCCCGAGUACUGCACGUCCCACCAGCACCCCAGGCAAGAGUGUGA